AGCGACUCAAGUUGCGACUGCUGUGCUGUUUGUACAUUAAUCCUACAUGGAUGAUGUCGUUCACAACAACACAAGCAGAUGAGAUGUGUUGUGGAUUAUGGAUUUUCCAACUUUAACUUCGUAGUUUAGUCGCUAUUUCAAAUGGGCGCCUCAAGGACGGGACGGUUGCAUGUUUCACAGUAAUAGUCGUUGUGACGUGUAGAGGACGAGGAAGUUUAUUACCAUUGUGGGGGAGUUUUCUGUGUCUACGUACCUUGGACACAUCCGUACACCCACCGGAGUGACGCCACGCUCUCUCCGCCGUGUGUUUGAGGAGCCUGCAAAAGACUUGCACAUACAUGUAACAAUCUUGUUCAAUCAACAAUACGGUUUGGUAUAAACCUAAAAAAAACAAAAGACAAUACAACCAUAAAGGAAAAAGUUGGCUUUUGCGCCACUAGCUUAAUGCUAACCUACAAUGGACGACCACAUUGAUAGGCUAACAAAAAUUAGCAUUGCGAUCGUUUUAAAUUUGUACAAAGGUUUAACAAGUAAUAUUUUAGUUUAACAAAAGUGACAUAAGACAACAGUCAACAGAUGAAUUGUUCUUCCAUCCAUCCAUCUAUUUUCCAUCCGGGGGUCGCUGGAGCCUAUCUCAGCUGCAAUCAGGCAGGAGGUUGUCACGUUCGGAACACAUUGUGAUGCGUGGGGAUGUCAACUCAAGAUGCACGGGACCAGACAAGCAAGUUAGCAGAUGUCGAAGAACAUCUUUUUCGUGAGCAGGAAGAGGAACCACAUCCCCCCCACAUUAAAGAGGAAGUUGAGACGCCACAGACCCAUAAUGUUAAACUGACCCUUCACAUUAAAGGGCAAGCGGAGGACCCACUGAUCUUACACAUCAAAAAGGAAGGGGAGGAUCCACUGACUCCUCACUUUAAGGAGCAAGAGAACCCACUGACCCCUCACAUUAAAGAGGAAGAGGAGGACCAAGAGGCGCCGCACAUUAGAGAGGAAGAGGAGGAAGAGGGCAUCAGUCAGCCUAAAUGGUUGGAGGAGUUCCCAGUGACUGGUGUCCCUGUGAAGAGUGAAGAUGAUGAGGUGAAAGGUGAAAGUGAGGAGAGGGGAGGGGGGGAGCCUCCAAGCAGCAGCUCAACACAACACAUGACAACAGAAGCUGAUGGAGACCACUGUGGAGGAUCACAAGCAGACAAGCUCUUAGCUCCACUAUCAGAUAGUGAGGACACAACGUCACACUCUCCUGACACUGAUGAUGAAGACUCUAAAGAUGAUAAGACAUGUCACACUGACAACACUCACUUCACUUGUUCUCACUGUCACAAAACCUUUAAAUACCAUAGUUCUCUGAAAUUACACAUAAGAUCACACACUGGAGAAAAACCUUUUUCUUGUUCACUCUGUAGUAAAGGUUUUACACAACGUCAACAUGUGAAAGAACACAUGAGAACACACACUGGAGAAAAACCUUUUUCUUGCUCAGAAUGUGGUAAAGGUUUUGUUCUCAGUGAACAUUUGAAAGUACACAUGAGAACACACACCGGUGAAAAACCUUUUUCCUGUUCAAUCUGUGGUAAAGAUUUUACACAAAGUAAUAAUUUGAAAAGACACAAGAGAACACACACUGGAGAAAAACCUUUUUCCUGUUCGACCUGUGGUAAAGGUUGUACAAGCAGUACAGAUGUGAAAGGACACAUGAGAACACACACUGGUGAAAAACCUUUUUCUUGUUCAAUCUGUGGUAAAGGUUUUACACAAAGUCAGGAUGUGAAAAGACACAUGAGAACACACACUGGUGAAAUAACCUUUUCAUGUUCAACCUGUGGUAAAGGUUUUGCACAAAGUAAUCAUUUGAAAAGACACAAGAGAACACACACUGGAGAAAAACCUUUUUCCUGUUCGACCUGUGGUAAAGGUUUUACAAGAAGUACAGAUGUGAAAGGACACAUGAGAACACACACUGGUGAAAAACCUUUUUCUUGUUCAAUCUGUGGUAAAGGUUUUACAACAUGUACAUAUGUGAAAGUACACAUGAGAACACACACUGGUGAAUAAUCACAUUCCUGUUGAAUCUGCAACAGAAGCUUUGGUGAACGAUCAAGCCUUGUAGCACACAUGAGAAGACACCCAGGAGAGAAAGUGUUGAGUUGCAGUGUGUGUGGUGAAAGAUUGUCUUCUAAGUAGCAGUGUAAGAAACACAAGUGUGCUGGUGAGAACAGCAGCAGCAAAUGAAACUGCAGGAUUUGAAAUAAACUGUCCAGGCUUUCAUUUUGACUUUCUAACAACAUCAGCACAUAUAACAUGUGUGACAUUGUUGUUUGUCUAACAAUCUGUUUAAUAUGCUUCUACAUUUAUAGAUUGGAUAGUUUGAAAUAUUGAAGUGUGACAUAUAUGUAUUUGUAAUUAUUAAUCAUCCUAUAGAUUAUCACCUUUAUAUGACAUACAUAUUUACUGGUUCACAUCUGAAACAUCUUCUGGACCACUUCAGGAAGCAUAUUAUUAUUUACUUUAUACAUCAUUUGAACAGUUGUCUUUUAUACAAUUUUAAAAUGUGUGACUUUAUGAAUCAUUUGUUGGGUCUCUAUAAUCCAUUUUAUUAAUCAUCUUUACUACUCUCUUUUGUAAUAUGAUGAUUGUGUUGUGAUUUUUUUAUACUUUAACUUAAUAUGUAUGUACUUGUACGUUUAUGCAAUAAAAAGUGAGAGAAAAUG